AUGCCCAGGCUGAGGGUGACCAGAUCUACCGGGGUUCUGGUCAUAGUCGGCUUGUUGUUCGUGUCUUUCUUCUUCCUCUCAUCUGGACCUGAAUACGAUUUGAACUUUGAUGAAUACUCGGAGACGGGGGGACCCUUGGAUAAAGUCAAGAGUCAUCAGAAAGCCUUGAACCAAUGGUUAUCUCAGACGGAUCCUGAUUUGCCUCGGGGACUGGAGUACACCGAAGACGGAUAUGUGAGAGGCUGGGAGAGAGUGCAUCAUUUAUUGAAACAAGGUGGAUUGAAGAAGAAAGAUAAGAAUAUGUUGAAGCAAAUCAUGGAGAUGCAUCCGAUCUUCAAGCUCAUGGAAAGAGGUGAGAAGAGGUGGACGGAGCUGUUAGAGAGACAAUCAAAAACACUUCCACAAGCGGUGACAGAGUAUAGACAUAGAUAUGGUAGAGCUCCGCCUAAAGGCUUCGACCAAUGGUGGCAGUUUUGUAAAAGGAAUCAGUAUGAUCAAAUAUUCAGAGACAUAGAACCGUUUUUCGCCCUUUCGCCUCAAAUGUUCAAUGAGAGGGUGAACGCGCUGACGGAAACACAACACGCUGCCCAGAUAACAUUAUCUCCUGAUGGGCCGUCUUCCAUAUAUGGUCAAAGAGCUCAUUCUGCUCGACCUCGGCUGCUCUUCCAGCUUCUUGAACCCAUCGCUCAGUACCUUUCUAGGGAAGUAACAUUCACGAUCUCGGAUCACGAUCUCGGAUCUUGGAUAUUGGGUGAUGAUCAAAAACAAGCUGCGUCUGAUGCGAUUCGUGAAGGAAGAUAUCUCAGUGAACAGGAUCUCAAGGUCUUGGAAAAGCGAGAGGGUAGACAGCCUGUCAAAGGAUUGGUAUCGGCUUGUCCGGAAGGAAGUCCUGGAUGGGAAAUAGGGGUCGCCAUUCGAGAUAACCUACCUAUAGAUGAUGAGAUACCCACGGCUCUAGAAUCCUCAUUCAUAUACGAUCCACUCCAAACAUACGAUUACUGCUAUAAUCCAUCUUUACUCAAAACCCACGGAUCGUUAUCAUUUGACUUUUGUAGGGAAACGGUCCUCCGACCCAUAUUCCAACUAUCGAAAUUUGUCAGGAAUCCAGAACUGUUGACUACACCGUUAGAAGCGUAUGAGAAUUUCACUUCGACUGACGCUCAGAAGAAAUAUGUGCCGUGGGAAGAGAAGACAAUAUCCAAGCUGUUCUGGAGAGGCUCGACCACAGGUGAUUCGUACUCGAAACGAAAAGACUAUACAUGGCAUCAAUCGCAUAGACCAAGAUUAGCUUUAAUGACGCAGGCGAAAGAAGGUUUGAAGAAUGUUUGGGUGAAACGAGGUAAGGAAUGGGAUAAAGAAUCCUGGGGUAUAUCCAAAUUAAACGAAGCAUAUAUGGAUGUGGGACUUACAGGUGUCCCUCAUCAAUGCAAGAAGGAAGAUGGUACAUGUGACGAAAUGGCAAACGAGAUCAUAUUCAAGGAUAGGGUCAGACCAGAAGAGGCUGCCAAGUACAAAUACGUAUUCGACAUCGACGGUAACGGUUGGUCAUCUCGUUUCCACCGACUCAUAAUGUCUGGAAGUGUAGUCGUGAAAGCGACAAUUUACCCAGAAUGGUUAAGUGAUUGGAUGACGCCUUGGGUGCACUAUAUUCCGUGCAAGAUUGAUUAUUCCGACUUGUACGACAUAAUGUCCUUCUUUGCUGGGCCGCCAGAUGGUAGAGUGGGUGGACACGACGACCUAGCACGAAAAAUCGCAGAACAAGGUAAAAAGUUUGGUGAAGAACAUUGGAGAUGGGAAGACAUGCAAGCGUAUAUGUUCAGAUUGAUGUUAGAGUAUGCUCGACUACUAGCGGAUGACAGACAAGAAUGGUCCUAUCAGAAAACAUACGAUUGA